AUGGCGGCAGGAAAGCGCAUUAGUUGUAUUUUAAUCGAUCUUAGUGGAACAUUACACGUUGAAAACCAAGUUAUUGCAGGAUCUAUCGAAGCACUGGACAGAUUGCGAAGGACCAACCUAAAGUUGAGAUUUGUUACGAACACAACGAAAGAAUCGAAACGACUUCUUGUUGAUCGACUAAAUAAUUUAGGAUUUGGCGUUCGAACAGAGGAGAUUUUUACAUCUUUAACUGCUGCUAAGAUUAUGGUAUUAAAGAACAAUAUUAGACCUAUGCUAAUGCUGCAGCCCGAAGCAAGAGAAGACUUUCAAGAUGUUCCUACAAGCAACCCAAAUGGUGUAUUGGUUGGCUUAUCGCCAGACUCAUUCAAUUACCAAACUAUGAACGAGGCCUUUCGAAUCUUAGGUAAUGCUGGAUCUCUGAUUGCAGUUCACAAAGGACGAUACUAUAAAACUCUUGAAGGGCUAUCGUUAGGCCCUGGACCGUUUGUAUCUGCUUUGGAGUAUGCUACUGGAGUUGAAGCUAAAGUCGUUGGCAAGCCUCAAAGCAAUUUCUUUCAGUCAGCACUAGAAAGCGUUGACGGACUAGCUGAUGAAACCAUAAUGAUUGGUGAUGAUAUCAGAGACGAUAUUGGUGGAGCACAGGCUAUCGGCAUGAGAGGAAUCCUUGUAAAGACGGGUAAAUAUCGAGAGGGCGAUGAAUCAGCUCAUGGUAUUAAACCUUUCGCGGUUUGUGAUAAAUUCGUUGAUGCAGUAGACAUGAUUAUAGAACUGUUGUAA